AUGGCAUACCAAAAAGGCCGGCCAGGCCAAGCUGCCAUUCAUUAUCAGACGGUUGCACGGGAAGUGAACCCCGACCAAGGGGAGUACCAGAGUUAUCGAAGAUCAGUUUGGCUCCUUCAGUUAUCGAUGUUCCUUAAUGCAAGCUGUUUAUUCAUGGAUGAAGUUGGUAUUGCUGACCACAAUGAUCACUUCCAUUCCACUCUCUUCUCCAUUUCUCUUUUCGCUCAUCAAUCAUCAGAAAUGCGAACCAAGUUUCUCACUCCGAACUACUUCGCCAUUAAUAAAACCUUAGAUUUUCUUCGUCUUCCUCUCCCUCCUCUUCCUUCUCCUUCUAAACCUCUCGCAUCUUCUGAUGAAGUUCUUCGCUGUUGCAACGAUUCGUCCUCCAUUUCAGUCUCACUCGAGCUGGAAAGUUUUCCGAUUGAUGAUGCACUUGAAAAAUUUUACUCUGAUGUUCUUCCUCAUAGUAUUGAUGCUUGUUAUGAUGAUAAUAAUUGGUAUACUUCUCAGCCUAGCUAUGGUGGUGUUCAAAUUCCGGAGAAAGAAGCUAACUUAUUUAAUGAGGAAAAUGCAACUGUGAAUUGUUUAGCUUCUGAUUCUGUAUCAUUAGAUAGUGAAUUUACCGAGGAUGGGAUUGGUGAUAAGAAUCUCAAUAAGGCUGCAAUCAUCCAGUUUGAAGCACCAGAAAUGACUCAAUAUCUGGAAAGCGUUUGCAUAUUUGAGAAAGAAGAGGAGCAGUUACUAUCUGAAGUGCUUAAUUGUGAUGAUGAUUUGGAAAUACUCAAUUAUGUGCCUGCAAAUCCAUCUUGUUUUGAUAUUAGAGAUCAAGUGAACUCGGUGGAGGCUAUUUGUAUUGAAUAUGACAUGACACCGAAGCUUCAGAUACCAGUUGAAGUUGAUACCUUGCUAAACAAUAUCCAUCUCAUUGGCACCUCGUUUCCUCUGCUUGAAGUUGACGAAAUUGGACAAGAAGAUUCCACAUGCCUUCAUUUGGAAGAUGAAUAUGAUUUUGUUUUCAAGACCGUUGAAGAACUUUCUGCUCAUAAUGUUGAUCUUGAGCUUUGUUGUAAAGAUCUACUUGUCUCUGAGGAAAUCAACCUUUUGGAGCAUAUUUUUGAUAGUCACUCAUCAAAGCUGCUCCUCGACUUUGAGUUUACAAGCUUGAUUGUGGCUCAUGAUUUUGAUCUCCUACAAGUUAUAGAAGCUCCAUGUAUAGAGAAAAGCACUGGGUUGGUAAAUACCUGCCUUAUCCCCUUUGUCCAGACAUUGUUAUUUGAGGAAUUCAAUAUUCUAGAUUCAGACUCCUUUGACAUAUUUGAAGCUCUUGACACUUCUCAAAUAUAUGAAGAUAGUGAAUUGUGCAAUAUGUUCCAUGGAGAUAUGCUUCUACGAAAUUUUGAUGAAUUGAUUGUCAGUAGUGAACUAGCAAUUAUUGAUGGCACUUUCACAUCACUGUCUGUCCCUGAUCUAUCUAAUUAUGAGAGGAUCUGGUCAUUACAUGUUCUUGCUGAUAAAAUAUUCACAGAAUUGGAACCAGUUUCCCUCUCCACUUCUGAUGAAAUUUAUUUGGAUUGGCACCUACUUGGAAGGGAUGAAUACAAGGACAAUGUAAAUGCUGCCAUUGAGAAGGUGUUUGAUGACAUUGAAGAUUAUACAAUGUGUUUUAACUUAGAGUCUGAUGAUGAAAGCAUGUUAGUUCUUGACUUUCUUUUAUCAAAUGGAACUUCGGAUAGACUGGAUACAAGUGAGAAGAAGCUAACCAUUCCAUGUGGAGUGAGCUUCACAGCAAAACGCCAGAAUGACGAAGUUGCAUCAGUUAAGUUACAAGAUGAGGAUUGCCAAAUCAUAGAGAAUACGGGGAAUAUUACCGAUGCUGGUUUUGAUAGGUCUGCAUUUGGAAAUUUGUCUGAUUUGCAUAAGCCUGAUUCAUCAUUUCAGUCAAUGUGCCAGGUUAAUGAACUGGAUUUUUUCUUGAAUCCCAAAAAGGCUUCUGGAGAUAUGAGAACGGGUCACAAAUUCAAGCCACUAGAUGCCAAAUCUAUGUUUCCCAGCGUUCCUCAUAUGCAAGCAACAGUUCCUUCAAGCAGCAGUCAGAUAGAGGAGAUUGAUGUCCAGAUGCAUAGAGUCAUAUUGCCUGCCAAUAUGAAUAUCCUUGUUGAUAAGCUCCGCAGAAAUUAUAUGGAAAUACUUAGGGAGGCUGUACAACUGAGCAACACAGAAUUAUCCACAAGUUUCAAUGAGAUGAACUUGCUCGAACUUUCAGAAGAGAAGAUACUGGAUCUCAUGCACAGAACCUCAGAACGGAAAUCUUUAAGUGGUCAUGUGGUUGGCAAUGUUCUGGAUUUUGUCGCAUUGUGUGCUAUCAAACGAAUAACCUGGUGCCUAUGUUUCUGCGGUAUCCACUGCCUACAUCUCUUUCUUUGCAAAUUGUUACAAAGUCUGGAUUCUCUAAAACCACGAUUAAGCUUUCUUUACUCAUUGAUUGAUGAUGCUUAUCGAGUUGUAGAAAAAGAAGUGAUUAAGUCACAUCCAUCACUAGCCACUCUCAAAACAAUUUUGCUAAAGAAUGAUAACAGACAAGGCAGAGUCUUGAUUGUAGCUCAACAAGUUUUAUCCGAAUCAUUGAAGAGGCUUUUGAAUUCCAUGAACUUAUCAUUUGCUGAAGUAGAUCUCUCCACACCUGAUGUUCAGCCAGAUUUAGAAUAUGAUUUUAUUGUUGCAAGCACAAGGGACCAGAUACAGACAUGUUUAUUGGUGCCUCAUGAGAAUAUAUCUCCAUCGAUCUUGGUGCAGAAAUUCAACAUUAUUGUGGAGUUUGAAAGCGGUGAUGGCGUAUCCAAAGUGUCAACCCUUUACCAUGAGUACAUUGGCUCUCGAACUCUACACUUCUUGAAGAUUGAGCUGGAUGAUAUUGCUAAAGCACUGUGUGAAGGUGUCAAAUCACCUUCAACUUAUGGAGAUAUGAUUAAGCUGGAAAAGCUUAUUGAUUUUGGGACUAUUAUGGAGGAAUGCAAGAAAUCUUCGAAAGCUUCAGGUGGUGCCAGUUCAUGCAGUAUUCCGACACCUGUUGGUCCAAUUGCUCAAGAAUCUAAAUCUGUUCAGCCCUGUGAUUCUUCAUUCUCAAAUAUGGUUAUCAUUGUUAAUACUCAAAAUUAUGAGAAAGAGAUGAUAAUAUCCCGGAGAAGCACAUAUCAGAAAAUCUUGACUUUGGAGAAUAGAGGAUUCCAAGUUGUAGAGAGGGAUCUAAUUUUGCCUGUUGAUAUGAUACUUGAUACUACUAUGUGCAUAGUGUGGUAUGACUCUGAUAAUAUUGGAAACAAAGCCACUUCUGAAGAUGGGAGUACUGCAAGCAUACCCCUCUGCAUUGAAAAUAUAGCAGCAAAUGUUCUGACAUCACUGAGUUUUGCAUUUACUACCUGCAUUCUGAUUUUUGAGGGAGAAAGCAACUUCCUUGGUCUUGUGAUGGAGUCAGCAGAUGAACUAUAUGCAGCGGCAGCUAGUCUUGGCAUUUAUUUGCAGAUUUUCUGUUCUUAUUCACUUGAGCUGACAGAUGAAAUUAUAUUGAAUUACAUUGGACGUUCCAAGAAUAAUUAUAGACGACUACUUCCUGGGCUUCCUGAAUCAGAAACACUUGCAGAAUCAUUCCUUACCAAAUUCUCUUCUAUCAAUCCACUAUCUGCACAUGCAAUUAUAUCUAGCGGCUGCAUGCUCAUGGAGUUUCUGGAGUUGACAGCUGAAAGCAGGGUCCAAGUACUCAGAAAAUACUAUGUACCGGAUGAAAGUGUAAAUCUUUUUAGUUCCUUGUGCAAAUAUGGAGAGCGGGAGGAAACCAAGUCUGGAGUGACUGACUGUUCUUCUUCAGAAUCUUCUCCUCCUGAUUCAGGGAGUUUGGUUCACAAAAUUAGCUCAGAAGAUAGAAAAAGGAAAUUUGCUCUAAGUUCCUCUGAUGCAAUAUAUGACUUUAGAUCUUCUAUACCAUUGAAUAACUAUGUUGAUGAUGGGUUGGAUUCUCAGGGCUUGUUGAGGUCAUCUGAUUCUAAAAUGGAACAAAGUCCGAGGAACUGUCGACAAAAGUUACAACCUGUCUUCAAACUAGAUGAUGAUUUGUUUCCUGAAGGAAAUGCAAGAUAUACUGUCAAUACGACGGAUUUUUCUAAAGCUUGGUGUGAUAUAGAUGUCUCUGGAAAGUCAAAUGUUUCCCAAACGGAGGAUGAUUUCACUCGAUCCGCUUUACCUAUAAAUGAUGGCUUUUUUAGCCUACAGGAAAAUGGUAGGAAAGUUAAAAACAAAUCAGAUGACAGUGUAAUGGAUAUACUUCAGGAUUUGAAUGAAGAUUUUGUUGGUGAAGUUGUUGAUUUUCAUAACAAAUCUUUAUUUGAUGGUGACUUUCUGAUAGAUAAAAAAAGGGUAAAGUCUGCCCCAGUGGUCUUUGAAACUGUAAAAGAUCAUGCUCCCAGAUUUGAUAGGAUUGCUAAACGGUUAUCUUUCGAUAGCAACUCUGAUCUGAGCAUUGCGAUGCCUGAUGCAAUGGCUAAUGGACAUUUUAGGACAGAUAGCAAUCAUAAUGAUAUAGAUUAUGACUGGAAAAACAUCACUUUUAAAGGCCAAGAGGGACAGGAGCAAACAAAUAGAAGUAUACUAGAAAAUUCUAAGCAAAGCUUCAGUGGCCAGUUAUCAAAAGGAAUUAAUAUGCCUCUCUAUGGUGAAACACCUUUCUCAAAGGCUGUUCAUUCAAAGCAACUGCAACAAGGGUCACCUUGGACAAUAGAAUUUCUCAACCGAAUUAAGGAGAAGAGAAGGUUACGUCAACAGUGUCCACCAUAUGCUUCAGUUCCACGCACUGGUUAUCAAGGGAACACCACAAAAGCCACAAAGAGAAGAAACCCAUCUAUUCUUGAAUAUUUCAAAUACCAGAGUGGAAGCACACCCAGAAAAGUGGCGGACCAGAAACUGCAAAAGCAACAUGCUCAACUGCGCAAUGAAAGCCCUCAAGGAUACAACUCAACUUGGACUCCUAAUGACAAAAGAGCUAGAAGGAGGCUUUCCUUUGCGACCACUGGAACUGGGAGCCAAACGAAGCUUGUUUGGAGUGACGACAUCUCUUUCAAUCAGCGCAACAGGUUAUCAAGUUGAUUAUGAGAUAGCAGAUAGAGUUUCUUAUUAUGGCAAUGCGUUUAAGCGAGAAAUU